AUGACUUCAGGAGGUAGAACAGGGCUACAAAAGAACAUCAUGAAUUUGACUGAAUAUGCCAUCACCAAUAGCAACCAGUGCAGGUAUCAUCAUGUCCAUGUAAAAAUAUUUAUAUCUCAUUUCAGAGCAUUAUUUGGAGGUGUAAUAUACAAGAAUAUUGGCCCAGCUGACAAAUCAGAAGCUGAUCUUAAAAAUCCCAGUAGCCCAAGUAAAACUAGUCUGGAAGACAUGAAUGACUACAUAAAAUUCAUGGUUCAGAAAGAGCUGCAAAAAGUCCAGAAGGAAAACCCACAGACAAGUGAGGUGCAGCACUAUAAACAGGGAGAAGUACAAACAGUUAUAACACCUGAAAUGUUGAACAACAUUAUAAAUAGUGGUGUGCAGAGGGCAAUGGAAAAGUACAGCAAACAGAUGCAAGAGAUGGAAGAUAAAUUAAUUAAAAACUUAGAUACCAAAUUAGAUAAUCUACGUAAACUGGAGGAAAAGAUAAUGGAAAGAUUAGAGGACAAAUCAGAAGACAAAAGUGGGGAUAGAUUUUUGACUGGUCCUGAAAGUGAUAUUGAUGAAAAACUGAACAGAAUUGAAAAACUGUUACAAAAAGAAAAAUCGGAGCGCUUCAACUUUUCUCAUUAUGUGGAAGUUGCGAGUACCAUUAUUUCAUCUGUAACUGUGACCCUAGUUAAUGUUACAAAUAAUACCUUAGUAUUUCUUUCCAAUACUUCAAAUUGGUCAACUUUAAAAAAACCUAUUUUUUAUGGCUAUUUCAAUGAUAUAACAGAUCAUUCCAUUGUUGCAUCCAUGGUGGCUGUCAUAUUUUCGAUUCUUUUGGAUAUUUGUUGUUGUUACUGUGUGUGUCGAGUCUGCUCGAGAUGUUACAAGAAGACCAAACCAAACACAAAUAAUGACGGAGGAAAAAAACCAGCCCCAAAAUCCCCAUCCACUUCACUAGAUUCCGAUAUAGAGAGAUAUCGACAAAAGUUAGAAAAUUCUUUGUGCAUAGUAAGUUUUUCAAAUAAUAAUGUGGAAUCAUGCCACAUGCCACUGAUGAAAUCAUUAAUGGAUCGCCUGAAGGAUGUUCACCUACAAACCAAGCGUGUUGUUAUAACAGAACCAGACAACCUCAAUACCAUUCCUCCCUCUAAGGUAUUUUUAGUAUUUGUUGACUUCAAUGAAAAAAAUGAAAUAUUGGAACCACACCUGCCAAAAAAUACAAAACUUUGCAUCAAAAGAGAAACAGUUAGAAGCCUAAUGGAUAGUUUUGCUUUAGUUAUUCUUGUGUACUGCCUGGAGGUCUCUUCAAAAAAGCUGGAUGUGGGUGUUCGAUUUGCACACAAGCUUAACAAAACAGUGAGGUCUGUGAAGGAAUUAGAAGAGUUGGACAAUAAAGAUCGUUUCUACAGUGUAUACAAGGAAUUUAAUAGUUUUCAGCUAGGAAAUCUAGAGCAGACUAUAAGAAAAUAUUUAAAAACAUUUUAGGUAUUAUUGAUAUAAACAUGAUAAAUGUGAAAUGUUCCAUAAUGAAUCUCGACUCAGGUUAAAAUUAAAAAUGAAGGCAGCAUUUACAUAGAGAAGCAUAAUUUGACAGUAAUGAUUCUGAAAAUAUCGAGUGUACAUGUAUAUGAUUGCUUGGAGUCUAUCGAGUGUUUGAUAUUUAAGUUAUGUAUGGAUUCAAAUUUUCAAAAAAUGAUAAUGAAAUGUGACAUGUUAGCAUUUAUUUGAAAAACAGUAUGUGAGAUGUCAUACAAGUAAUGUUUAUUUCCCUAGAGUAUUACUUGGCUGUCUUCAGUAUUCACUUCAGUAAGAAAGUUGUAUUACUUAUAGUGCGUACUUGUUUUAUCAAUCUUUUAUUAUCUAUGCUUUCUUUUGAUAUCAGAUAUUUUAAAAAAAACAAAAUGGAAAAAUAUCCAGCGACUUCGGGAUCUUAAAUGGCCUCUGGCGUAUUCUUACGAUUUUUUGUUUUAAAAUGUUUUCAGCUCUGCUUUUGUGAUACCCUCCACAUUGGCGUCCCAAAAUUCAGUUUUUGAUGUAGGUUUCUUUUUGAGUAUUUCUAUGCCCUACUUGAAUCAGAGAUGCAACCAAGAUGCUUCUAGUGUAUAUCAUUGAACCAGUCAAGGUUUCAGCUGCUGCAGUUGCAGCUAAGGAAUGACCAUAUUAAUGUUUUUAGAGCAGGUUAAAGUUUUUUUUUAGCAGGCCUCAUAUAAGUAAGUAUAAGCCUUAUGUUGACCAGACUUGCAUGGAUAAUACAUCUAAGGAUGCAUGCUAGCAGACUUGCUUGUGAUGCUGGAUUUGACCUAAAUUUCCAGAUGAUUGACCAGUUUUAAGUUUUGGAGCUGGUUCAUUUCUAAGGGAAUUAUAAACCCUAUGUUGAUCAAGCUUGCAUUGAUGAUAUAUCUAAGGUUGCACAUUAUUUGACUUGCUUUGAAUGUUGGAUUUGACCUAUAUUUUCCAGGUGAAUGAUUAGGCUAGUUUAUGGUGCAGGUCAAUUACCAAGAAAAUGUAAGGCCUACAUGUAUCUGAACCAAACUUGCAUGGAAGAUGCAUCAAGGGAAAAGCACUCUGAAACUUGUUCAAGAUGCUGUAUUUGAAUGACGUUUUCUGAAUGAGUGACUAGUAUGAAGUUUUUGGAUAAGUUCAUUCCCAGGUUAGUCACUGCCAAUCUGAUUAAAAUCAGAACCUUUGAUCAGCUCACAUUGAUCUCUACAUUCUGUGUACUGAUUUUAAUCAGAUAGAGUAACUGCAAGCCUUAUCAGAUCAAAACUAUAUAAUAUUGUAUCUUAGGAUAUACAUUUCUAGAUUAAUAGUCCAAUGUGGGAAUUUGCCUUACUUAAAGACAUCAUUCAUUGAAGUGAACUCUGUUGUCUCUGAUUACCUAUGUUUUUUUGUGUUUUUUUUGUACAUCCAUUGUAAUUUCAUGAUUGCAGUUAUUGCUCACUAAUUUCUGCUUUUAAACAUACAUUUAGUUCCAGUUUCAUAAAUAUAUUUUUUGCCAUAUUAAAACCAUUUAAUUUUUACAUAAUAUAUUUUUCUUUAAUGAGAUUGUACUCAAACUAUUCAAUAUUUUGCAAUUUUAUUCUGAUAUUUGUAUAUAAUUUAAGAAGUUCAAACUUUGUUUUUUAGAUAAGAUUUUAUACAAAUAAUACUGAGUUAAAGUAGUGUUAAUUUAAAAUUAUAAGUCUUUCAUUGGAUAUUUUUUAUGAAACAUUUAGAACUGUCAUGUAAAAUUUUACCUGACAGUGUUAGUGUACCCAAUAGUGUUCAAUUUCUUGAAUCUCUAUAUUGCAACUUCUGUAUAAUAUACCACAGAGGAAAACAAAUUAUGAAAAGUUGUUCAACAAAGCAAAACGUUACAUGAACUUUUUCUUAUUGAAGUUUGAUCUGUAGUUUAUUGUCUUUUUUUACUGCCUCAGAACCAAAAGGCAAAUUUCAACCAUGUCCUUGGUUGAGUUAGAUCAAUGUUGUUUAAAUGGAGUGUCAUGUGUAAAUUAUGUGUAAGUGAAUAUUUAUAAAAGUACUCUGGUAUCACCAUGAUCAUUAAAACUUAAAAAAGAUAACUCAGGUGCAUAUUGUGACAUAUGAUGCCUUUUGAAUUUUCAUUUUUAUUUUCAACUAUUUUAGGUUUUUCUUAGACAGGUCCAGUACAAAGCCUAUUUCUACCAAAGUAAUUAUAGCUAUGUAGGUAAGUAGGCCUACCAAAAGUAGCAUUUUUACCAACUUUUUGAUUUACUUACAUUUUGUAGCUAAGUGCAGGGACAGCACGAUAUGUUGAGCACCAAAGAGUUUCGUUAUCCAGUAACACUUAUGAUGAAUAUGAUAAAAUUUUGGCCAAAAUAUGAUUACUUUGUAAAUUGUCAAUUUUGCAUAAACAACUAUGCAAAAUUGUUAAGUAACAAAGUAAUCAUUUUUUGUCAAACUUACCAUAGUGUCUGCGUUUGGCUGCAAAAUGUAAGUAAAGCAAAAAGUAGGCAAAAAUAGCUUCUUUGGGUAGGUUUAAAUACCUAGGUAAGUAGAAAUAGUCUUUGGACUGGCCCUUUUAGAUAGGUUUUAAUUCAGCAUAUAAUAUAUAUACAUGUAUCGAGUUUAAUGCAUUACUAUGGCUUUUAUGUUUAUAAAAGCACAGAAAAAGUCGCCUUAUCGGAAUGUUUAUUAUUCCAUUUAUUUAGAUUUUACAAUUGUGCUUAUCAUGUGUAAAUUUUUAGUUCGUUUCAUUAAAUUAAUGUAAAUGAAA